AUGAGCGUGCGCUUUUCUUCUGCAUCCAGGCGCCUUGGCUCCUGUGGGGGAGCUGGCUCUGUGCGGCUCUCCAGUGGGGCAGCCGGCUUUGGGGUCGGCAGCACAGGCUUUGGAAGCGGCUUCACCUGCGCCUUUGGAGGAAGCUCCUCUGCAGGAGGCUACAGCGGAGCGCUGGGCGGAGGAAAUGCUUCCUGCGCUGCCUUCACUGGAAAUGAACAUGGCCUCCUCUCCGGCAAUGAGAAGGUGACCAUGCAGAACCUCAACGACCGCCUGGCCUCCUACCUGGACAACGUGCGCGCCCUGGAGGAGGCCAACGCCGACUUGGAGCAGAAGAUCAAGGGCUGGUAUGAGAAAUUUGGGCCUGGUUCCUGCCGCGGUCUCGAUCACGAUUAUAGCAGAUACUUUACGGUAAUUGACGACCUUAGGAACCAGAUAAUUUCUGCAACAACAAGCAAUGCCAAUGUUGUCCUGCAAAAUGACAAUGCAAGGCUCACAGCUGAUGACUUCAGACUAAAGUUUGAAAAUGAACAGGCCCUCCACCAGAGCGUGGACGCGGAUGUCAGCAGUUUGCGCCGGGUCCUGGACGAACUGACUCUGUGCAGAACGGACUUAGAGAUUCAGCUGGAGACACUCAGCGAGGAGCUGGCGUACCUCAAGAAGAACCAUGAGGAGGAGAUGAAGGCUCUGCAGUGCGCGGCCGGAGGCAACGUGAACGUGGAGAUGAAUGCGGCACCCGGCGUGGACCUCACGGUUCUGCUGAACAACAUGCGGGCCGAGUACGAAGCCCUGGCCGAGCAGAACCGCAGGGACGCAGAGGCCUGGUUCAACGAAAAGAGCGCUUCGCUGCAGCAGCAGAUUUCUGAUGAUGCUGGCGCCACCACCUCAGCUCGGAAUGAACUGACGGAGAUGAAGCGUACUCUUCAAACCCUGGAGAUUGAACUUCAGUCUCUCUUAGCGACAAAACACUCACUGGAGUGCUCCUUGACGGAGACGGAGGGCAACUACUGUGCACAGCUGGCCCAGAUCCAGGCUCAGAUCGGAGCCCUAGAGGAGCAGCUGCACCAGGUCAGGACCGAGACCGAGGGCCAGAAACUGGAGUAUGAACAGCUCCUGGACAUCAAGGUCCACCUAGAAAAAGAAAUCGAGACCUACUGCCGCCUGAUAGAUGGAGAGGAUGGGGCUUGCAAGUCUGGAGGUUACAAGUCUAAAGACUAUGGAGCUGGAAAUGUGGGAAACCAAAUGAAAGAUCCAGUCAAAGCCAUUGUGGUUAAGAAAGUCCUUGAGGAGGUAGACCAGCGCAGCAAAAUACUUACCACCAGGCUCCACUCCCUGGAAGAGAAAUCUCAAAGCAAUUAA